AUGGAGUACAGUGCACACGUCAAUGCUGGACCGUCCGAAGCUCUAGACGUACCUGGCCACGAGUCUCGCGAGUAUCGACUAGCGAAACGAGUGGCGAGACUGGAAGAGCACGUACUGUGGGUUCGACGUACAGAGAAGGUCAUCCCAUCAGUGACAAGGUUUCGACCACUGCGCAUCAGAUUGACGAACGGCUACGUGCGCCUAGACUCCAAGAAGUACAAGGACUGGCAAGUGCUUGCCUACGAGAACUGUCGCGACCGACAGUUUUUCAAACGGGAGUGCGAACUCUACGAACAAUGGCUGGCGACCCAACCUCCAUCGGUUGAGCGGCGAGCAUAUCCGACACUCGCUGGAGUCAUGAAGAGGUCACCGGAAGACGCGUUGGACGACGCGUUCGAGAUCCGAUUCUCCGCAGACUCGUCAGACAGCGGUUCAGGAAGCGAUGGUGACGACAGCGAUGCCAACGAAGAGUCGGCAGGAUGUUCACAGGAACUACAAGGUAUAACGAAGGUGGUGAACACAUCGCCGCGGGUCCAGUCGGUGCCUGGUUCCGAAGGUGAUCUAUCAAGUACAGCGAUUGGUGAGACCAAGAUAGCCUCGGAUGCCAAGUGUCGAGACAGUGGCUCAUCAGCCUCUUACAUUGCGACUAGGGAGUGGGAAGGCAGGACCGCCGGUCGAGAGGAAGUACACGCUUCGCUAAAAGAAAUGCAAACAAGGGCGAGCGUUCGUGUGGAGUCUGAGGUCGAGGCCAAGUCGACAAAGGAAGCAGUGCUGGACAAGACCUACAUGUUGGUAGCUCGAGUGUUGACGACCGAAGAAAAUGAGGCUGUAGGCGAUCCAGGGGUGGACCAUUAUGAACACCCAGCUAACAAGAUCGGCUUGGAAGACUACGCAAAGGAGUUAGCGUUCCUUCCCGACUUCACGGAGGAUUCUAACACGACCAUCAACUACGAAGCGCCGAAUGUCAAGAACUAA